UCCACUGUCAUUCAUGUUAUUCAGCUCCAGCUAACACAGCACAUCGACCAACGUUAGCUUGCUCAGGUUUUUGGUUUCUCCGACGAUGGCAACACUGGUGGCAAACAGGGCGAUGGACAACGGCCUGGCAGGAGCAGCGAGGACACACACCCAGGCUGUGACCAGGAAUUAUAUCUCCCAACCCAGGCUGACUUACUCCACUGUGUCAGGUGUGAAUGGACCUCUGGUGAUUCUUGAUAAUGUGAAGUUCCCUAGGUAUGCUGAGAUCGUUCACCUGACCCUCCCCGAUGGCACCAAGAGGAGCGGGCAGGUCCUGGAGGUGAUUGGAAGCAAAGCGGUCGUCCAGGUGUUUGAGGGGACAUCAGGCAUCGAUGCCAAAAAGACAGCCUGCGAGUUCACUGGUGAUAUCCUGCGUACGCCGGUGUCAGAGGACAUGCUGGGUCGCGUGUUCAACGGCUCUGGCAAACCCAUCGACCGUGGACCCACCGUGCUGGCUGAGGACUACCUGGAUAUCAUGGGUCAACCCAUCAACCCUCAAUGCCGUAUCUACCCUGAGGAGAUGAUCCAGACCGGCAUCUCAGCCAUCGAUGGCAUGAACAGUAUCGCCAGAGGACAGAAGAUCCCUAUUUUUUCUGCUGCUGGGCUGCCCCACAACGAGAUUGCUGCUCAGAUCUGUCGGCAGGCCGGCCUGGUGCAGAAGUCCAAGGAUGUGAUGGACUACAGCGCUGAGAACUUUGCCAUCGUCUUUGCCGCCAUGGGAGUCAACAUGGAAACUGCUCGCUUCUUCAAGUCUGAUUUCGAGGAAAAUGGCUCCAUGGACAACGUCUGCCUUUUCCUCAACCUGGCCAACGACCCAACCAUUGAGCGUAUCAUCACCCCUCGCCUGGCGCUGACCACAGCAGAGUACCUGGCCUACCAGUGUGAGAAACACGUCCUGGUCAUCCUGACUGACAUGAGCUCCUACGCUGAGGCUCUGAGAGAGGUGUCUGCUGCCAGAGAGGAGGUGCCUGGCCGUCGAGGCUUCCCCGGUUACAUGUACACCGAUCUGGCCACCAUCUACGAGCGUGCCGGCCGAGUGGAGGGCAGAAAUGGCUCCAUCACCCAGAUCCCCAUUCUCACCAUGCCCAAUGACGACAUCACCCAUCCAAUUCCUGAUCUGACUGGAUACAUCACAGAAGGUCAGGUCUACGUUGACAGACAGCUGCACAACAGACAGAUCUACCCACCCAUCAAUGUGUUGCCCUCUCUGUCCCGUCUGAUGAAGUCCGCCAUCGGUGAGGGGAUGACCAGGAAGGACCACGCUGAUGUCUCUAACCAGCUGUAUGCCUGUUAUGCCAUUGGAAAGGAUGUUCAGGCCAUGAAGGCUGUGGUGGGAGAGGAGGCCCUCACAUCUGAUGAUCUGCUCUACCUUGAGUUCCUGCAGAAGUUUGAGAAGAACUUCAUUGCUCAGGGCCCAUAUGACAACAGGACGGUGUAUGAGACCCUGGACAUCGGCUGGCAGUUGCUGCGAAUCUUCCCCAAGGAGAUGCUGAAGAGGAUUCCUCAGAGCACCCUGGCAGAGUUCUACCCCAGGGAGUCUGCCGCCCGCCACUGAGGCGCCAUAAGGGAUGCUCUUGUUCUUAAAGCUCACCUUCCUACCCACCACCCUCCUUCUCGUUUCCUCCCUCUUUUCUUCCAUCGCAGCCCUUGUAUCUCUUGACUGAUGUUGAUUCUUCUUCACCUCCCCUCUUUUUCCACUGUUCUUUACCAUCAAUUCAUCCUCUUCUCCCAUCAUUCACCUUAGCCCCCCCUCCUCUCUCCCUACUCUGAACUAGAACAGGGCAAUGACCCCCCCCCCCCUUCUGUAGAUGUACUGUAGCGUAUCUGUGUCCAGAAAUUGUGUGUGGAAAGUGUCUGUGGUUGUAAUCUACCCUUGAUUGCAAAAAAAGUGAACAUAUCCUGAAAAUGAUAGAUCAGUCCUUAUUUAUUGAGGUGUUACUGCUGGAACUCCCUCUUCUUCUUCUUUUUUAAAAAGAAAAUACUAUGUAAUAUCCAUACCCACCAAAACAAGAGGAUUCAAACUGAAGAAAGCUGUGUAUAGAUAUGAGGGUUGACAAAACUUACAAAAGACAGUAUCCCUGCAGUCAGUACCAGUUUGUUGAAAGAUCAUGUUUUUUUUAUUGAGACUGUCUGAAGUGUUGAUUCUAAUUGAUUGUCAUUUUCUAAACUAAAAGUGUUUUUGCUGAACAACAUUACAAACCUGCAAUUUCACAAACUAAACAUUAUUAACAUCAGCAAAUUGGUAUUUACCUCCCAGGGUGUUCCUGUUAUUUUGUCCACCCACAUGAAUUCUUGAAAAGGCAACUGCAGUAUUUUUUGUUGGCUUUGACUCUUUCUUCCCCUGUUGCGGUCCCUCUUGCUUCCUCUUCAUACUCUGGAAAGAAUACAGUGGAUGUUUACAAUAUUAAUGUUCUGUUGUUUGAUUUGUGUUGCUAAAAAGUAUACAGGUAUAUAAGAGUAUAUUAAACAUUCCCACUGUCUACAGAAACUAAUUAUUUGUUGUGCAACCAUGAUGGUUUUGUGAGUUUAUGUGUCCAUGAAUAAAUUAAAUGAAAUGAGAA